UAUGUUCAUGUCAGAGGUGUCAAAGUGUCGUGACGUGAAACCACAGCGUGAAACUGACGAUAAGUUGGGUUUAUUUAUAAAAACACUUUACAUAAUAAACAGACACCUUCCUCUACACUUAAUAAGUGCGAUAUGUAACGCAAUACCUUUUAUGUUAUAUCAGUAUUUUGUUUACCAAGUAGUAAAAUGGUACGCCGCCUUGGCAAAAUAAAAAAUGAAGUUUACAGGUACUUUAGGGCUUAUGCACAGGCUAUUCUUUAUCUCGAAAAUUAUUGAGUUGUCCUGUGUUUUAACUAAAUAUUUUUACAGCAAUACCACGGAUAAUAAAUCAGAUAAGACAGCACCCAAUAUAUCUUACUUUACUCUGGUAAGGUUAUCUUGAAAUAUUUUUACUUGAAAAAGUAAUAAACUGGAAGUUGAUAUGCAAAAAUAGUGAAUGUAGAUUUCUCUAUAUAAUUAGGUUUAAAUUCUCAUCUCAUUUCAGUACAGAUUUGCCACAAAAUGGGACAUGCUACUGAUAGCUUUGGCUUUAUUAGCUACUAUAAUCGCGGGGAUUACCCUCCCGUAUGCUAUAACUCUCGUAGCCAACGUGUUCCAGACCAUGAUAUCCUACUCCAAGUUAGCUCAGGCUGGCACGCAGGAUGAUGAAGAGUUUCUACGGUCCAUGCACGCCUUUGGCGUCCAUUAUUCCUGCGUGGGAGUCGUUUUAUUCCUGGGUGGAUAUCUGGGAACAGCGCUCAUGAAAAUCACGGCAUUAAAUCAGAUUUUUAAAUUGAGGCAAGAAUAUUUGAAGUCUGCGUUGAAUCAAGAUUUUGCAUAUUUUGAUUUGUAUCAAACUGGCGAUUUUUCGUCAAAAAUGGCUGAGUUAGUAACUAAGACCAUAAUAUUUUGUAUGAAAUUGUUGGUGUUUCAGCCUUUGCUGUUUAGCACUUACUGUAUUUUAAUUAACUUGAAACGCAACGAAAUCCCCUAAAGGUAACCACGACG